CACAGGGGUGCGCUCCGAGUUCGUGGUGAAGACGGCCAACGCCGGCGCCGGGGCACUGUCGGUCACCAUCGACGGCCCCUCCAAGGUGACGCUGGACUGCGUGGAGUGCGCCGAGGGCCACCGCGUCACCUACACCCCCAUGGCGCCCGGCAACUACCUCAUCUCCAUCAAGUACGGCGGCCCCCACCACAUCGUGGGCAGCCCCUUCAAGGCCAAGGUCACCGGGGCACCAACAUGCUGAUGGUGGGGGUGCACGGCCCCAAGACGCCGUGCGAGGAGGUGUACGUGAAACACGUGGGCAACCGCCUCUACAACGUCACCUACACCGUCAAGGAGAAGGGCGACUACGUCCUCAUCCUGCGCUGGGGGGACGACAACGUCCCCGGGAGCCCCUUCCGCGUCACCGUGCCCUGAGGGCGGCGGCUGCCGGGGCGAAAAAGGGCGGAAACGGGCAAAAAGAGAGGGGCAAUAAAAAAAAAAUACA